AUGGCUUCUGACAAUGCUGAAAUUCAAGUUGGAGAGGAUGCACGUCUUCUUCUGGACAAUCAGAACUUGAAACAGACUUGGAAUGCAAGACCCGAGUAUCUCUGUGAGCAAUCUCGUGUGGCUUGCUCAGAAGUCGAAGCUCUGAAGGCAAAGAACGCUGAUCUCCAUAGGGAAAAGCAGGCUCUCAUUGAGAAGAACUCUGUUCAAGAGGUGGUCACUGGUCAAGCCAAGACAUAUGCAACUAUGCUCGAGGCUAUGCUCGACGAAGCUAACCAUGCUCAUUCCUUGACCAGGGUGACUUGGAAUGAAGAAAAGAAAAAGUACGAAACCGCCAUGAAGGAAUUGAAAGAGUUGGGCGAUCGUCUUCGACAAGAGAAUCAAGAGCUCAACGAUAUGAUGGAAGAGUUCAGAGCAAUGUGGAAGAAAGAUACACAGAACUUCCAAGAGACUUUGAAGGCGUUCAAGGCGGAACGAGCUGAAGUCCAGAUGGAGGUGGAACGACUGACUCGUCUUUGUGCUGAUGAGCAAGAUUCUCUUAUAACUUGCUAUGAACUCAAGGACAAAGAGGAGGACGCUCAUAGAGAGACUCAAGAGAAGUAUGAGAAACUUCAAGCUGAGAUGAAAAAUGUCGUAUCGAAGCACGAAGCUACACAGGGCCAACUCCAAGAUCUUCUGCAGCAAAAACAGAUUGCUGACUCCAAAUUGGCAGCACAAGAACAUCUCAUGAAGAGUCAAUCCGCAGAGCUUGCGGCUGCUUUGGAUGACUUAAUCAAGAGCAGACAGAACACUGAACAACAUCUUCAAGAUAUGAAGGACUGCUGGGAAGUGAAGGAGCAAGCCUACGAGCAUAGACUGUCCGAAAUGGCAAGAGAUCAGGAGGAGACAGAAAAUUAUCACGAAAUGGAGAAAUCUGAUUUGACUGAUCGCCUUCGUGAGUUAUUCAGACAAAGAGAUGAGCUUAGUGGACAAUUUGCGGCGUCGAAAGCUUCCGUUCAGGAAGAGCUUGAAAUGCUGAGAGCAGAGUGCAACAUUAAUUAUGAGAAUUAUGUGAAGUUCCAAGUGGAGGCAGCCAAUCUCGAAAAGUCUCUCAGAGAAUGCAAUGAAAAACGUGAAAUGGAAUCAAACAUGUUCGAAAAGGCACUUGUUGAAGUAGAAGCCAAGCUAAGUGAGACUACUGGAAAACUUAUUGAGAGGACGAAUCGCCAUGACGAAACUCUAAUCAAGCUGAAGGAUGCGGAGGACGAUCUCGCAAACUGUAGAUCACAUAUGUAUUCCACCGCAAAUGAUUUCAUGAAGUACCGCAAGCGCAGUGAGGAAAACGACAGGGAGAGAGAACAGCUUCGUGAGCAAGUUACCACCAUGCUUCGUGAUUUUGUUAUAGAGAAGGAGAAGAUGGAGCAAAAGCAAGAAGAAACAGUCGCUGCAGUUCAGCAACGAUUCAUGAAGCAAAUCGAGGAGAUCAAGUACAACCACAUGUUGGCGAUCAACCAAGAGAUGAUCAAGGCUCAAAUGGCAUUGGACGCUGAAAAGAAGAAACACGCAAUUGAGAGUGAAGCUAUCAAGACAAAACUGGAGGAGACGCGAGCUGAACUUUCAUUGGUGAAAAUGAAUACUACCGCUAAACUCUCACUGUUGAACCAAGAAGUCAUCACUGUCAGAAAUCACAACGUUUCUGUACGCAACGAAUGUGCCAGUCUUAAGGGUACUCAAGACGCUAAUACUGCCCAGAUUAGCAGAUUGCUGACCCUCGUUGAUGAGCUCGAGAAGAGAGACAUUGAAAAGGAUGAGGAGCACGAAAUCGAGCUGUAUCAUCUGAAGAAAGCUCACAGAGAACUUGUGGAUAACAUGGGCGUCGAAGAGUUGGAUGAUGAUAAAGAGCAAGUUCGUGUUGAAGAAGUCAGCGAGAAGAACGAGUCGGCCGACUGGGAGUUGGUUGAUGAAGAGUAA